CACUGAAGGUGGUGCCGGACUUGAACUGACACUUGCCAGCCGCCGAGAGAGAGAGAGAGAGAGAGCAGUACAAUUAUACAGACAUUACUAUCUGUACAGGGGAGGGAUCCUCUGCAUAGAGUGGGAGAGCUGAGAGGUGUGCUUCGUCUUGGUUGCCAUGACGCCGGACGCCAGCGCCUGUGGAUGACGUCAUUAUACCGAGCGGGAAGUGACGGGCGGACGCGGCGGGCGGACGGCAUCAUGCACAAUCAGAGGAGGCUAUUUAGAGGCUGAAGAUAUGGCUUAUGUAAAAAGUGGUUGGCUGCUUCGACAGAGCACUAUUUUAAAAAGAUGGAAGAAGAAUUGGUUUGAUCUGUGGUCAAAUGGAUAUUUGAUAUAUUAUAGUGACCAGCAGAGAGAAGACAUGGAAGACAAAAUCUGCAUGCAGUUAGAGUGUAUAAAUAUACGAGCGGGCAAUGACUGCAGAGAUGUACAUUUGCCAGAAGGAAAAGGGAAGGAAUGCUGCCUACAGAUUAUUUGCCAUGAAGGAAAAGUCAUAAACCUCAUUGCAGAAAGUGUGGAUGACUGCCUAGCCUGGGAGCUAGCUAUUCAGGAUGCCACAACUAAACCGAUUCUGUAUGAUGAAGCCAUACUUGGUCCUGCUCCUCCCUAUGCGCAGUAUGAUGCACCUCCACCAUAUGGAUAUGACCAAUACCCUGGUGCUUAUCCAGCUCAGGGAUCACAGGUUAUCUAUACUAGAGAUGGACAGACAUAUUCCUCUUACCCAUACCCGCAACAAGGCCCGGGAGCUAAUAACCACAUUAUCAUCCGAGAGAGAUACUAUGACAACAAUGGGGACCUUGCCAUGGGAAUGCUUGCGGGUGCCGCUACAGGGAUGGCCCUCGGCUCUCUCUUCUGGGGAUUUUAGCGGCAAUAUUAAUCUCAAAUGCUUUUAUUUAUUAUAGUAAAUAAUUGUACUAUGCAAAUAUAGUUGUUUUUCUACAGAAUAACUAAUGUACUUACAAGGUUAAGGAAAUGUUGCUAAGUCGUACCAGCUUUUUUAAAUAUAUAUAUAUAUAUAUAUACAUGCAGAGGAUGGCACAGCACUCCAAGGCGA